AUCCAAUACAGAUGAGCCAAACACAUCUCCACAUAUAAAGGAAGCUUGACAGUAACAGGAAAAGCUGGAGGGAAUUGCACUACUUUGGAAUUUAUUAAAGGUCAGCUGCAUUUCUAGCAGUGUUGUAUGGUCACCAACAGCUUUUCUAUCUUCAUCAAUCUGUACACCAAAGUUUGAAAUUUAGUAAAGAAAGCCAGGAGUGCUUAAUUUUAAUAAAGACAAUUUCAUAUUGCAAGCCUUCACUAAAUAACAGCAGCCAUGGAUGUGUUUGGUGGUGCCCCCCGUGUUCUUGGAUACCCACGUUCAGUUCUGGUGAAAAGUGGGUCAGAUGCAGUCCUUAAAUGUCAGAUCAGUGGAGAUCCAAAACCUGAUGUGUUGUGGGAGAGACUGAAUGAACCCAUUAUCCCUGAGGGUCGCUACUGCAUUACCCAGGAUGGCAACGUGUGCACCCUCUCCAUCUAUCAGGUCACUCUGGAAGAUGCUGGACAGUACAUCUGCAGAGCUAAGAACAGCAUUGGGGAUACUUAUGCAGCUGCUACUCUUAAAGUAGAAGAGGAAACCCAAAAUGUUCAGAUGAUGUAUCCCCUGCAAGAACAACAGCAAAUUAUGGUUAUUCCACCAAAACAAGAAAUAAAAAAUCUCAAGCAGCCUUUGUCGGACAUGGAGGCAGAUCUUUUUCAGGACAACAAACCCCGGUUCCUCAUCAAACCUCUGUCCUUGAGAGUAGAUCAAGGAGAAGAUGCUGCCUUCUCAUGCAAGCUUUGGGGUAAUCCCUUAUCUGAGGUUGUGUGGGAGAAAGAUGGCAAGCAAGUCAAUGAGAUCUAUGAGAGCUCACACUUUUGCAUCAGCCAACAAAAUGAAGGAUGGUUCCAGCUGAAGAUCUUCCAAACACGAGCCCCAGAUGGAGGAGUCUACACCUGCAAAGCAGUCAAUCAGUAUGGUGAAGCUGUGACUGGAGCUGUAUUGUUGGUUGAAAGUAUGCCUGAGCAAGUCGGGAAGAACCGUCGAAAUGGCUACACCAAUGGCCACUCAUCUCCAGACCAGAAUGACAUGCAUUCAAAAUGGAAAUACUCAUGUGAGAAGGACACAUACUCAAGAGGAAAGCACCUGAAUGUGGCUAAGGCCAAGAAGUUCAUGAUCACAGAAGGCAAACAUGCCAAAUUUCGUUGCUAUGUAACAGGUAAACCCAAACCUGAGAUCCUGUGGAAGAAAGAUGGGGAAUCAAUUGUGCCUGGACGACGUCACCUAGUGUUUGAGGACAGGGAGGGGCACUAUACUUUGAAAGUUCUUUACUGCAAGCAGCAAGACACUGGGCUGUACAUCUGUACUGCAUCAAACACACUGGGGAACACAUUAAGUGCUGUACAACUCUCUGUAAAAGGGCCCCCAGUGCAGUUCAAACGGGCUCUGCAUGACAUGGAAGUGAGGGAAAAGGAUGUUGCCAUUCUGGAGUGUGAGGUUCCAGAAGAGUCUGUCCCCACCGUAUGGUACCUAGAAGACCAGAGACUUCAGCCAGGGAGUAAAUAUAGCAUGGAACAGAAUGGAACAAGACGGCGUCUUACUAUACAAGAUGUAGGGGCAGACGAUGAUGGAGUCUAUGUAUGUGAGAUGCCUGAUGGUGGGAAAAGCAUUGCAGAAUUAUCAGUAAAGGGUCCAAUUGUAAAGAAGCUUCCUCACAGAAUGCAAGUGCUGGAAGGUGAAAACGCAGCUUUCUGUGUUGAGGUCGAUGGGGAGGACAUGGAAGUGUACUGGUUUAAAGAUGGCAUGCAGUUACAGGAAACACAUCAGACCAUUAUCAAAUCCUUUGGGAAAACACACAUCCUGGUCUUUGUAAAUACAUCUUACCAAGACUCUGGCACAGUUACUUGCAUGGCAGGCAGAUCUAGCACAAGCUGCAAGCUACGCAUAAAAGCAAUAAGACACUGUCCACCCAAUUGUCCUGUUGGAGUCCAGAUGAAUGCAGACUGCCAAAAUGGUGUUGUUUUGUCAUGGUCACAUUCCCCAAACCUGCAGAAUUCCACCAAGUUCAUGUACCAAGUAGAAUUCCAGGAGAUUGGCUCUCAGGAGUGGGAGCGCUGUUUCACCACAGAGACUGGCACCUUGGCUGAGAUCCUGGGUGACAGUGUGCCAUGUGAGGGUGACUAUCGCUUCCGUGUCUGCUGUGUUAACAAAUAUGGCAGGAGUGAUCAUGUGGAGUUCCCUAAAUCAGUGCAUCUGGUCCCAGGUCCAAAGAUAAAAACACCAUUGAAGAACACUAGGGUGACUGAGGGGGAGGAUGCUGUGUUCUCCAUCGAGCUCUCCACUGCUCAGAUUGGCACAUGGUUUCUCAAUAGCACUCAGCUGCAAAGAAGUGAAAAUCUUUGCAUCAGCCAGUCAAAGAACAUCCACACUCUGCGGUUUUGCAAUGUGUUGAGUGUGUAUAAUGGAGCUGAGAUCACAUUCAUUGCCAGCGGAGUCCGUGACUCAGCAGUCCUUCAGGUGCAAGCUGCUGUGAAUAAGUUCAUCCCUCUGCCAAAUGAGGAUAGCAAUAAGAGAGUACAGGCUGGAAACCCCAUUGUGCUGUACUGUGAGAUCUCAAACCCCAUAGCUGCUAUCUGCUGGUUCAAAGAUGGGCAGGAGCUUCAUCAAGAAGAAGGGCUGAACAUACAAGCCGAUGGCAACAUGAGGAGGAUUGUUAUCCAUUCAUCAGAAUAUUUCCACUCUGGAGUGUACACCUGCCAAACUGAUGAUGAUAUUAUCACCUUUAACGUGAAUGUUGAAGGGCCCCCAGUAUCAUUUAAAGAAAUUCCAUUGGAGGAGAGGCACAAAAGCACCAUGGAGCUGGACCCAGUGGUGCUGCACUGUGAGCUCUCUAGGCCAGAUGCCACUGCCCACUGGUUUAAGGAUGGUAUAGAGGUCUUCCAGAAUGACAAUGUCACCAUUAAAGCUGAAGGCACCAUGCAGUGGUUUAUCAUCAGAUCAGCAAAUUUGUCUGAUUCUGGCACAUACACAUGCCAAGCAGGAGAAAAUACCAUGUCAUUUACAGUCACUGUUAAAGAACCACCAGUGAUGAUUGUGGAACCAAAAGAUGACAUCCACUUAGAUCGCUAUGUCUCAGAGGAAAUUACAUUGAGCUGUGAGCUCUCUCGUUCAAAUGGAGCGGCAUGCUGGUUUAAGGAUGGACUGAAGGUCCAGGGUAGUGAAAAUGUUCGGCUGAGUGCUGAAGGCCCAUACAGGAGGUUAACCAUCAUCUGUGCCAGCAGAAGGGACUCGGGAGAAUAUUUAUGUGACACAGGUGGUGAUACUGUUUUCUUCCAGCUGAAUGUCACAGAAGCUCCAGUGCACAUUUUGUCCCCUAGCGAGUCAGAGGUGGAAGUAUGCAUAUUGAGAUCGGAAAGACUUGUCCUCAGUUGCGAGAUCUCAAAGCCAGAGGCUAAAGUGUGUUGGUACUGUGAUAGCAUGGAGGUAGAGGAAAGCAAUAAUCUUAUACUGGAGGAAGAUGGCGUUCACCGCAGGCUGGUUAUACUUCAGACCACUAUAGAUGAUUCAGGAGAGUAUGUGUGUGAAACUGCAGAUGAUUCUGUGAUCUUCUGGGUGAAAAUAGAAGAACCGCCUGUUAAACUCUCUUGCUCCAAAAUGACAGGCAGUGAUAUUCAGGCUUUCUCUGGGGAAGCAAUGAUACUGGAGCUAGAGGUUUCACGUGAGAAUGCAGAGGUGUGCUGGAUGAAGAAUGGUAUGAAGGUGGAGGAAAGUAGCAAUGUCACCAUUACUGUGGAUGGCCUUAUUCGCAAAUUAUCCAUCCACUCGCCAUCGCUUCUCGACUCAGGCCUUUAUACCUGCAAUGCGAUUGAUGAUACGAUGGACUUUCAAGUUAACAUUACUGAGGCUCCACAGAAAAUCCUGAAAAAAGAUGAAAUGAAGACAGAAUACAAGGUUUUGUUGUCUGAUGACAUUGUAUUGGAAUGUGAGCUAUCCAGGCUAAACACAGUUGUAAGGUGGUACAAAGAUGGAAGCCCUAUUGAGGAAAAUGGACAUUUCUGUUUUGAGGAAGAGCAGGCUUUUAGAAGACUAGUCAUCCUAUGUGCUGAGCUGGAGGACUCUGGGGAAUAUUUACUUGAUGCAAAAGAUGACAGCAUUUCAUUUCAUGUCACUGUAGAAGAGCCUCCUGUGAAGAUUUUGGGGAACUCCGACCAGACUGACUACCAGGAAAUGGUAGCAGGUGAUGACCUGAUUCUGGCAUGUGAAGUGUCACGAGCAAAUGCAACCAUUCAGUGGCUCUAUAAUGGGAAACCUGUGGUCCCUGACUCCCGCACAUACAUUGAGAAUUAUGGCACACUGCACAAACUUAUUAUAUCUGAUAUCCAGUCCACUGACUCUGGGAAAUAUGUGUGUGAUGCCCUUGAUGACCAAAUGGUGACCACAAUUAAAGUCCAAGAGCCCCCUGUAGAGUUUAUUAACAAAGAGGAGACAAUAAUGGUUACGGGUUAUGAGGCAGAAAGCAUCACUCUGACAGCCGUGGUGUCCAGGCCAAAUGCUCCUGUGCGCUGGUUGAAGGACUGGACUCUGGUGAGUGGAGAACGUUUCAGCAGCACCUCUCAGGGCCUGAGCCACACCUUCACCAUUGAGCCGCUGAAGAGAUCUGACAGUGGCGAGUACACAUGCGACGCCAUCACAGAUGAGCUGCACUUUAGCUUGCUGGUUAAAGAGAUGCGCAUUAAGUUUGUGAAGCCACUGUUUGAUACUGUGGCACACAGGGAUGGCAUGAUCACACUGCGAUGUGAAGUGUGUAAGUCCAAAGCUGACGUGCAGUGGCUGAAGGAUGGUGCAGAGAUCACACCAAGCCGGCGUUUCUCCAUCCGGGCUGAUGGUGUGGAGCGGAGCCUCACCAUCCACCGCGUUGCCAAAGAGGACGCUGGAGAGUAUGCCUGCAAGUCCAGGGAUGACCGGACCAGUGCUCGAGUCAGAGUGGAGAUGCCUCGUGUGGUGGAAUUCCUGACAGAGCUCCAAAACACCACAGCGAUGGAGGGCGAGGAGGCAAUGUUUAAGUGUGUGGUGUCUCCCAGUGAUGUACAGAUGAUCUGGUUCAUGGAUGGAGAAAUCAUCAACCCCAGCAAGCGUUUCAAAAUUGAACAGAAUGGCCUGUGCCACACUCUGAUCAUUCACAAUGUCCAGUUACUAGACUCCUGCAGGAUCACAGCAGAGGCGGAAGGACUUGUGUCCAAAGCCAUCCUCAAAGUUCAGGAGAUUCAAGUACUGUUCACUAAAAAGAUGGAGGUGGUGAUGGCCGAGGAGUUUGGCGAGGCCAUUCUUGAGGUAGAGGUGAAUGUGGAGUCAGGGGAGGUCCAGUGGAUAAGGCAGGGUGUAGUGAUCCAGCCCAGCCCACGUCACACUCUUACUCAGAACAGGUGCAAGAGAAGCUUGAGGAUCACGAAUGUAAGUCAAUCUGACCGUGGCACCUACCGCUGUGAGAGUCUCCAUGAUCACACACAGGUUAAACUCAAUGUGGAGCCCAGAAAGAUCACUACAAACAAGGGGUUGAUGGAUAUUGAAACCUUCGAAAGAGAAACUGCCUCGUUUGAGGUGGAGCUGUCCCACACAGAUGUGAAGGGUGUUUGGCAAAAGGACGGAUUGAGGAUUAAAAACAGCACCACGAAACGAGUCAGCUCCAGUGGACAUGUACACAGCCUCACACUCACCAACCUCACAUUGGAGGACACAGGAACCAUUGUCUUCUCUGCAGAGGGACUCAGGACCUCAGCCCAGCUCUUGGUCAAAGAAACACCAGUAUCACUCAUAAAGAAGCUGUCAGAUAUCAGGCUGGAGGAGGGCUCCUUGAUCACACUGGAGUGUGAGCUGUCCAGACAAAAUGUGGAUGUCAAAUGGCUGAAGAAUGGAUUGGAGCUUAAGUCAGAUAAAGGUUUGAGGAUCUACAUGAUGAAACGGAAGCAUUGUCUGCAGAUUAUGGAGAGUAGUGUCAAUGACUCUGGCCUCUACACAUGUAACAUUGGUGACCUCUGCACAUCCUGCAAACUUGAAAUCUAUGAGCGGCAGUUGGAAAUUGUCACAGCGCUGGAAGACCUGUAUGUUAAUGAGGAGCAGAACGCUGUGUUUAUGUGUGAGGUGUCCAUGGAGAAUAUGUCUGGAGACUGGUACAAGAAUGGCCAAAGAAUCCGGCCAAGCAGCACCAUCAAGACUCGCCAAGAGGGAAAAAAGCACUUUCUCCUAAUAUGCAAUGUUACAUCAGAAGAUGCUGGAGAGAUCAAAUUUGUUUCUAAACAAGUUGAAUCAGUUGCCUACCUUGAGGUUCAAGAACUCCCAGUGAGCAUUGUGCGCCCGUUGAGGAACCGCACAGCACUGGAGAAUCAUCGAGUUAUACUGGAGUGCACUGUGUCAUCCCCUCACUCUGAGGUCAGCUGGCAUAAAGGUGACAUAGAGCUGGAGUCGUCUGAACACAUGGAUAUUAUCAGUGAGGGCUGCUACCAUAAGCUGGUCAUCCAUCGGGUGGCAGUAGAAGACGAGGGGACCUACCGCAUUGAAGUGGGCAAACACACCUCGACAGCCAAACUGCUGGUGGAAGCACAGUCCAUAAAGGUAUUGAAAGAGCUGCAGGACAUGGAAGUGAGUGCUUCAGAGCCAGCUCAGUUCCAGUGUGAGGUGUCUGUACCUCUCGUGAAACCACCCAUGUGGAGCCUUAAUGGAGAAAACCUGCAUCCAGGAGCCGACAUUCUUGUGGAGAACAAAGGAACUGUCUACAGCAUAACAUUUAAAAAGACCAGUUUGGACAUGAGUGGAAUAGUCAGAUUCACUACUGGGAAAGCCAAAAGCAGUGCCAAACUGAAAGUCAUAUAGAGAGUACUGCACUCAACAAGCAAAUCAGAAAUGUAUAUGGUAGGUUAGUAGUGAGGCAAGAUAGUAGGAACAUAAACAGAAUUACACUCAUUAGUCUGUGCAUAUUUACUAAAACCUUUCCUGGGAUAUGGUCAAUUUUCACACUGCCAUCUCAAUGUCAGCAUAUUUCAGUAUUAAGGCUUAUAGAAAUUUGUAUUUCUGGUCUAAAUUCAUUACCUUGGGGGGGAUUAGACUUUUCUUAGAACAACCAACUUCAGUAUCAGUAUUGUAUUCAGAUAGUAACAUGGAGAUAUUUGAUAUGAGGUAUUAAUUCAAUCAGAGAUUUGCAUACAAUCCCCACAUUCCCAUGUUCCCAUUACAAUCAUGAUGCAUAAAUAAUUAUAUUAAACUUCUCAAAGACAUUGCAAAACAAUUAUUUCAUGAUAAUUAAAAAUAAACUUGUGAACAUAUUUACACUUUCACUUAAAACUGAUUCUGAUUUUUGCAGGAAAAAGCAGCAGAAAUCUAAACUUACUAGAAUGUUUUGCUAGGUGGUUGCUGUGCUAACCCUGUUGGUUGCUAGUUGGUUGCUAUCAUCUUCCAGUUUGUUGUUGGGUUGUUGCUAGGUUGUAGCUAUGCUAACCCAGUUGGUUGUUAGGGCACUGCUAAGUGGUUGCUAUCGUAACCCAAUUGGUUGCUAAUGCAUUGCCAUGCUAUCCCAGUAGGUUGCUAGGGUGUUGCUAGGUGGUUGCUAUGCUAACCCAGUUGGUUGCUAGGGUGUUGGUAGGUGGUUUCUAUGCUAGACUAAUUGGUUGCCAGGGUGUUGCUAGAUGGUUGCUAUGGUAUCCCAUUUCGUUGCUAGAGUGUUCCUAGGUGGUUGAUAUGGUAACCUAAGUGGUUACUAGGUGGUUGGCUAUACUGAUCCAGCUGGUUGUUAGGGUUUUGAUAGGUGGUUGCUAUGAUAUUCCAAGUGUUUGCUAGGGAAUUUGUAGAUGUUAUGACUAAAAAAUAAAAGCACCCUGAAAGCACCAUAUGGAAAAAUGACCCAGUGGCAACCAUAAUUUCGAGAUUUCCCAAAAGGACAAGCACCCCAUUUCUAUAUGGGAUCUACGUCUGUGCUGAAUUUUUUGUUUGUCAAAAAUUGUGACCUGUAAAAAAGGUAGAAAUUUUCAAAUAUAAUAAUAAUCAUAAUAAGAAUAAUAAGAAUAAGGAGAAGAUGGUUUUGUUGAACAGUAUGUUGGGUCUGUCAAACCAAAUUAAUAAAAUGAUAAACUUUCGAAUAAGUCAAAAUUAUUAACACCUCAAUUUUAGCUUUAUGAUUAAUAAUUAUGUAUCACUGUUGCACUGUUGCAGAGUGUGGGACGAGGCAUGAAGGAAAAACAUUUCACUACAUUAAUACAUCACAUGUAUGUAAUGUAUGUGCCAAAUAAAGAACCUUGAACCUUAAUAAUAAUCAGUGACUUGGUUUCUGAAGGCUUAGUUCUGAAUAGUUUGGCUUCUUGCAAUACCAAAGUAAUAGACAGCAAUAAAAUAUUCAAUAAAAUAGAAUUUAUUGAAAUUCAGGGAAGAAAGAAGAAACAGUAAUUGACUACUAACUAAGAACUUCUAAUCCUAACUAGGAGCAGACAAAGGAGAGUUGUGUUUGUGUGUACAAGAAAAAGGGAGUGAGGAAAAGGAGGAGGGAGUGUGUGCAUGUGAUAGGGAGAGAGAGAGAGAGAGAGAGAGAGAGAGAGAGAGAGAGAGCGUGUGAGCAUCUGUGCAUGGAUGUGUGCUUUGCUCUAGAGUAAGGGUGGCAAACUCAAAUUCUGCCUGGGCCACAUCAGACCCCAAAGGGUCAUAAUUAAAGUCUAUUCUAAUCUUUUUCUCUCUUUUUUUUUUUUGUUAAUACAUAUUUAACAUAUUCCAUCAACUAACACCAAUAAUCUAUAGGCUCUGAAAUAGGAUAUAGGAUGUUUCUAUAGUAAGGGUUAACAGAAACUAUUAAAGGGUAUACCACAUUACGUAAUAACAUCCCAGCUGCUGUGAUGAGAAACAGGAUUAACCCAUUGGGUGAUGCAAUAUUUUAUAUAAUUUUAUUCUUUUAUUAUUCCUAAGGUUGCUAGGGUGUAGCUAGGUGGUUGCUAUGCUAACCCAGUUGGUUGCUAGGGUGUUGGUAGGUGGUUUCUAUGCUAGACUAAUUAGACUAACAAUAUAGUUAUCGUUUUAACUUUUCUUUCUCCCUUCCUUUUCUUUCUUCCUGCACUUUAACUGUCUGUGAGCUGCUGUGAUAAGUGAAUUUCUCCACUGUGGGCUCAAUAAAGUUUAUCUUAUCUUAUCUUA